AUGCCAUUCGACUUUAAAUUUGAAAUUGGAAAUCCCUUCUUGAUAGGAAGCGGUUUUGGAUUUGCUGGUUAUGCUCUUGCUGCUCGUGCUCAACGAAUUCACUUUACGAGAAGACCAUGGCACUUGAUUGCUACCAUGUUAACCACUGGUGUUCUCUUUCAAGCUUAUCAUGGAAUUCAUGAAGCACUCACAGAUGAUUUGAUCAGAAAGAGAAAGAUCUAUGUUCAAAGAAGAAGGAAACGUUAUGAAAACAAUGAGACCCCUGAAAGAAUCAAUGAAGACAAGGAUUUGUACAAGAGUAUCGAAAAGGAUUUGGCUCAAUAA